CAGCUCCCUCCCCCAAAAAACCCAGCGCGCCUCACGUUGCAUGGGUCCUCGGUUAUUGAUAACACAAUUUGCCCGGUGGGAUCCAUCCCGGUUGUGUGAAACGCGUGGAUACAGGGACUGGAGAUACAACAGCCAGCGCGCACCGAGGGAAAAACAACAAUCUACUCAUUAACACCGACAAAUAUAAAGCCGAGCCCACCCCCUUCACUUGACAACGCGACAUCGAGCAGGCAGAAAGGCAAACAUCUCAUCUUUCCAUCCUCCACCCUAACCUGCCGUGUUGGGGAUACCCCUAAUGAGUGGGACCUGUAUCCAUGAGCCCCGCGCCCCUUCCCCCUCCCUGUCAGGCUUCAGCACCCCCAUCUCAGAGCCCUCCUAUCGAAGAAUCGAUGGAGACACCCCUGCCUGCACCCCUGAAACGGACCUGACGCCCACACAGUGUGUCAUCCGCAACCUGCUGUCCAUCGACACCGGUGGACCGGGGGCUCCGGGCGGCAGCAGCCCCACCCCCAGUGAUGGACCCUCAGCCUACUUUGACAACAGUGUGCUAAAACUACAUGAACAUGAGGCCUGCCAGUGUGGCGGGGGGGCGGAGGCGGGCCACAGUCCAGAGGCUGGGGCUGUUCGGAGCCAGUCGGAUAACAUUCGGCUGCAAUCAGGAAGCGGAGGUUUUUUGGAGGGGCUGUUUGGAUGCCUUAAGCCGGUCUGGACCAUGAUUGGAAAGGCCUACUCCACUGAACACAAACACAGCCAUGAAGGUCUGAGUUUAGAGUCCUGGGAAGUUCCCUUUGAGGAGAUCUCCGACCUGCAGUGGGUGGGCAGCGGGGCGCAGGGGGCCGUCUUCCUCGGCAAGUUCCACGGAGACGACGUGGCUGUAAAGAAAGUGCGAGACAUCAAAGAGACCGAGAUCAAACACCUCCGCAAACUCAAGCACCCCAACAUCAUCACUUUCAAGGGCGUGUGCACCCAGGCUCCUUGUUACUGUAUCUUGAUGGAGUACUGUGCCCAAGGCCAGCUGUACGAGGUGCUGAGGGCGGGCCGGAACAUCGCCCCCUCCCUCAUGGUGGACUGGUCCAUGGGCAUAGCAGGUGGCAUGAACUACCUGCACCUCCACAAAAUCAUCCAUCGAGACCUCAAGUCCCCCAACAUGCUGAUCACACACGAUGACCUGGUGAAGAUCUCUGACUUCGGCACCUCGAGGGAGCUCAGGGACAAAAGCACCAAGAUGUCGUUCGCCGGCACCGUAGCUUGGAUGGCGCCUGAAGUCAUUCGGAAUGAGCCGGUGUCGGAGAAGGUGGACAUCUGGUCCUUUGGAGUGGUGCUGUGGGAGAUGCUGACUGGAGAGGUUCCUUACAGAGACGUGGACUCAUCUGCCAUCAUCUGGGGAGUGGGGAACAACAGCCUGCAGCUGCCCAUACCUGAGAGCUGCCCCGACGGCUUCAAGAUCCUCCUCAAACAGUGCUGGAACUGUAAGCCCAGGAACAGGCCCUCUUUCCGUCAGAUCCUUCUUCAUCUUGAUAUAGCGUCAGCGGAUGUGCUGUCCACUCCACAAGAGACGUACUUCAAGUCUCAGGCUGAAUGGCGGGAGGAGGUGAAACAGCACUUCGAGAAGAUUAAAUCUGAGGGUACUUGUAUCCACCGACUCGAUGAGGAACUGAUCAACCGACGCAGAGAGGAGCUCAGGCAUGCUUUGGACAUUCGUGAGCACUAUGAGAGAAAACUGGAGAGGGCUAACAACCUUUACAUGGAGCUGAGCGCCGUCAUGCUGCAGCUGGAGCUGAAAGAGAAGGAGUUGCAGAAGAGAGAGCAGUCUUUGGAUAAAAAGUACCCAGGUUUGUUCAAGCAUCACAGCUCCAGGCAGAGCAGCUCCUCCAACACCAUGGACAAACUCAUCAAGAAACGAAACGUCCCGCAGAAACUGCCCUCGGGAAAGAGGCCAGACAUUCUCAAGUCUGAGGUAAUCCUUCCCAAAAUGGACUCCUCUGUGAUGCAAGUCACCAUCCCGGCGUGCACCAACAGAAGCUCCACUUCUCCCAGCCGCUCUCGGAGGGUAAAGACCCGCCAUCGCAAGCCGGGGAAGGGCAGCAGCGGGGACCUGGCUGGGCCGGCAGCACCAACAGCUCCAAGCAGCUGCUGGAGCCGUCUGCAGCGCAGCAGAGGCAGCUCUCCUCCUCCAGCCCCGACCUCAUCUGCACCACGGGGAUCCGUGGCAGGGGCCGCCGGUCUGGAUGAUCUCACAGAAACGCCUCCACGCAGCGACACGCCGAGCGAGGACGCAGCGUCGUUCCCCUUCUCCAGCAGCCCAGACUCUCCGUGUGGGAGGGGGGCGGGAGCAGCGAGGGGGUCUCUGGGAUCUCCACGUCAUGAUGGGGAGGAUAAAGAGGAGGGGGCUGGGGCUGUGAGGCUACCCCGUGGAGCAUCAGGGGGGAUUGGGAGUCAGCACCUCACCCCCUCAGCCAUUCUGUACAGAGCAGCUAUCUCACGCAAACAGAGGCGUGGAGUGUCGUCCGAGGAGGAGGAGGGGGAAGUUGACAGUGAAGUUGAGUUACCACGGAGACGACGUCCGACUAGCAUCACCAAGGGCCAGUCGGUGUCCACCUUCAGCUCAGAGAACCUGUCGGUGUCGGAUGGCGAGGAGGGCCACACUACGGACCACUCGCACAGCGGCACCCCCGACGUGGUUAGCACCAACACAGACGACAGGUUGGACGAUCGCAGCGACGACCUCCUCUCUCAGGGCUCAGAGAUCCCGGCGGACAACGCUGACGGCCUGUCGGAGAGAGACGGAGCCCUGGGACCGGCCAAAGCUCCGCUGGACGCCGGGGGGAAUCCUAAUGAGAGCCGGGCCCUGUGUGAUGACUCUGACUGCGACAGCGCAGAGCUGGACCAGCCGGGCAGCGGAGAGCCCAGCCGCCCCCCCGGCGCUGGAGCGUGGGUGCAGCCCCCUCUGCCCUACCAAGGGUCUCCACAGGCACCACACACAGCACCUCCAUAGAUAGCUGGAUGCUAGCAAAGACCUCCAGCUCCUAGUGAUGCAGUACAUUACUGUUGUCAUGAGGAAUCACACCUACUUCACCACUCAGACUAUGACAAGUCGACUUAUGGUGUCUCAUAAGUUUGUUGGAUGGCAUAGGACAUUUGUCAUAACCUGACAUCCGAUAUUUUGGCAGCUUGUGACAUCCGAUAAAUGUCAUUGAAGUUCAGUAGGGUUUUUGUUUUAGGCAAAAUAGUUACAGAAGUAACCUUAGCCACUGCUCCGGUUCAGCAGAAACCCAACCACUGACGCACACGCACGCACAAGAAACCACACUCGUUGUCCUUUAAACACUCUAAUCCUCACUCUGGGAGCAUCCUCCAUGAUACUCCACACACUUAAUGCAUCAAAAACUAAUGAAUAAUAAUGUAAAUAUCCAUUACAUACCACAUGAGAAAUAUCUAACUUUAUUUUAUUUGUAAGAUAGAAAUGUAAGACUAAAUGGUAUGCAGCCCUGUGAACAAAUGCAUGACUACGUGUUUAUAAUUUAUGGUUUGAAUGUGUCCGUUUUAUAUUUUGUGAAAGUUUACACUUUUUUAAUCCUAAGUAUUACUUGAGGUUUUUUUGUUUUGUUAAUAAAUGUCAGCACUCAAGAAAAAAAAAAGGAAUGAAAAUCUCACCACGAUGUCGAUCAUGAUGCAUAAUUAGGAUUCUCAGUAGGUAAUAUAUUAUUUUUUUUAACCCUCGUACUACUGAGUUAUAAAUAUAUAAAAGACAUGGUUGAGGUUUUUUAUUAAGCUUAUCUUAGUGAUGGGAUGGAGAACAUUUGUGUCACAAAAAAAUGCACUUUUGCCAUUACCGGUGUUGCUUCACCGGUUUCUCAAAUUGUUGGCUAUUUGAUUGUGUCUCUUAGGGUGUGUUCAUGUAAUGAAAUACACUAGCAUUGGUAACCAAGGUACUAUCUAAGCAACAAACACUGGUGCUCGUGCUUCAGUAAAGGAGACCCCUCCGAUUUAGCAUUGCACUCCUGUAACAUUGUCAGCCUAACGAAGAACAGUUCAAGAAAAAAAGCGAUCAAGAGGUCAAAAUCAGUACGGCAGCACCAGAGAUAUGGUCUGCUUUAUUCCACACAUUAUUACUUCUGGCGUCUACAUUACCCACAAUGCAUCUCGGCCAAGAGCAGUUGUUUGGGGACUCCUUAAAGAAUUGGUAGAAACCUUCUCUGUCCGAGCUCUGAGUUCACGUUAGUUGAGUUUUCCGGAAAAAUGUAUAAUGUACACAUACAGUCUGAGAACAGGUUAUUUUUGGUUCAUGCGUUUCUAUAAUUGUUAUAUUUGGUCUCCCACCUAUGCACAUGGAAAUUGAGUCACUUUAAAAUCCCAUUUGGGCUUAUUUUGUUUCAAGAUACAUUUAUCUGACUACAGAUGCCCCUCUUAAAAGAUGUAUCUUGUUGGACAUGAAGCUGAUAUAUAUAUUACCGCACUAUUUAGUAGUGCAUAUUUUCCAAUACAACUUAGUGUUGUUCAAUUGUGUGCAGGAAGUAUUUAGUCAUUUAAAAAUCUGCUGGAAAGUUUAGCCGUGGCGCUAUGAAAGGAGCAAAAAGUAUAUCUUUGUAUCGGUGAUCACAAAAAAAAAAUGUCAUCCAUGUUUGACCUUACAAUUAGGCUUGAGAUCUAAAGGUUGUGUAGGUUUAAUCCUGGGGUUAAGGCAACCAUUUGAUGAAUGGAAAACGUUAGGUUACUGUUUUGCUAUCUUAUCCAGGAGGAGAAAAGCCUAUAGCAACAGAAUCAGGAUCAAAACAGUCACGGUCACACAGCCACAGUGGGAUGUAAGGAACCCUUCAGGUCAAAAAUACAAGUGUUUUGUGAGUCCCAUUGGGCCAGAGUUUUGAGUUUGUGUUUUGCAAGUAGCAGCUAAGGUCGCCCUCCCAUAGAGAUGAAGCGCUAGCUACAGAGCUCUAAUAAAGUCACCCAUUACUAACUCCACACCUCCAGAAUACUUUUCAUUUUCGAAAUGGUAGUCUUCAGAGUUGUAUAAAAGAGAAAAGGAAUUAAACAACUUUAAGUGUGUAAAAUCUGUGGAGCUCCCCUUUAAGUAAAGAACCAAAAGGACUCCUGUAGUUCAUGAUGUUCCUGUUACCCUUUAAGACGCGGAGGUAGCCAGAUAAGGAAUAGAGCACUUCUGUGGUGGUUACUAGUCGUAAGUAAGUAUCCUUUGGGUUUAAAUAGAAAUGUUUUGUUUUUAUACAGCAUUGCACAUUGUACCUGUAACAUAGGAAUUAUAUCAAAGGCAAAAAUAUGAGCAACAAUAAAUGAUGUAUUGGUUAAAAAAAAAAAAGUUGUGUGAUGUUUAUCUACAGUAGUUUGUGCUGUUGCAUCACAUGAGACAGCUGAAUGAGAAAUAAACAACAUUUUCAAUGAUUUUGAGCAUGUCCAAAAGGUUCCCGUGUCUUUU